AAAAGAAGCUAUAUUAAAAAAUAAAAUAAAAUCAAACCACCUUGUGUGGCGCGAAGUGAUGACGUCAGUAGGAAGGGACGCUUAAGGGAAAAAUAACUGCGGCUUUCGAAUACAUUUUAGCAAAUACAUUCCAGAAAUAAGUGCAAUGUCUGUGAAUUAUGCUGCUGGUCUCUCUCCGUAUGCAGACAAAGGUGUGUGCGGACUUCCAGAGGUAUUUGACAACCCCGAGGAGCUAAAAGCGAAGGUGGAGAGCCUGGCUGAGCUCAUAAAAGAGUCCAAACACAUGGUGGUGCACUCUGGGGCAGGGAUCAGCACUUCAGCAGGCAUCCCUGACUUCAGGGGUCCAAAGGGUGUGUGGACGCUGGAAGAAAAAGGCGAGUGCCCUCACUUUAACACCACCUUUGAAGAGGCCCGGCCCAGCCUGACUCACAUGGCCCUGCUCGGACUCCAGCGGGCCGGAUACCUGAAGUAUCUCAUCAGCCAGAAUGUGGACGGCCUGCAUGUGCGGUCCGGCUUCCCAAGGGAUUUGUUGUCGGAGCUUCAUGGAAACAUGUUUGUGGAGGAGUGUGAAAAGUGUGGCAGACAGUAUGUCAGGGAAAAGGUGAUUGGCGUGAUGGGGCUCAAACCAACGGGACGUUAUUGCGAUGUGGUGCGCUCAAGGGGGCUCAGAGCCUGCAGGGGGAAGUUAAUGAGUACUAUACUGGACUGGGAGGACGCUCUUCCUGACAGAGAUCUGAACAAAGCAGACAGUGCAAGCAGACUAGCAGACCUGGCACUGACGCUGGGCACCUCCCUGCAGAUCAAACCCAGCGGUGACCUUCCACUCCUCACCAAACGUAAAGGCGGGAAAGUGGUCAUUGUCAACCUGCAGCCCACCAAGCAUGACAAGCAUGCCCACCUGCUCAUCCACGGCUACGUGGACCAGGUCAUGGAGCAGCUCAUGGACCAUCUCGGCUUGGACAUCCCAAAGUGGGAGGGGCCAACCGUGUGCGAGAGCUGCACCGAUGUCGACGUCAAGCCCGUGCACGCUCUUAGCGCGGAUGUGAAGGUCAAAGGUAAACCGAGGAAGAGAGCAGCAGAGUGUGCAGAAGACACCAUCAAAGAAGAGACCGUAAAGAAGGAGAGGGCAGAAGACACCAUCAAAGAAGAGACCGUAAAGAAGGAGAGGGCAGAAGCUAUGUGACAACAAAUAGUACUCUCCUCACCAAAACUGCAUCCUGCCUUCAAAAACAGCUCUAGAUUGAUCUCACCUCUUCAUUUCCACCGGAGCACCUCGGUGGAAUCUUCUUUGUCCCUGAAGAAGACUCAGCCUGAAGCCUCACAAGAUGACAUUCAUGCAAGGCAACAACAACAUGGACCACUAGUAGGUUUCUCCUGCCGUGAUGCUUGUCAAAAUCUACAACGCAUGUGUGGAAGUUGCCUCCUCGCAGUCCCACUGUCGUACACGGCACAGGAGCCAAGCGUGCAGGUUUUGACAAGGUUUUAAUAAUAUUGUUUUUAACAAAAGUUUUCUCUCCAGUAGAACGUGACUUUUCAGUCACGUCCGUAUCCUCUCUCCCCUCCUGCUCCCGGCCGCAUACUGUUAAAGUCAACAGAUGAUUAGAUUAACACGUACCACCUGGGAAAUCUAAUCACCUGCCAGCUGUGUCUCGCCGUCAGCACUGUCACGCCCCCGUCUGAUGGUGCUCUGUCCCCAGCACCAUGGACAGAGGCGGUGACCUUUGCUCCUGCAGGCAGCGCUGGCCACAUCUCCCUCCACAGCAUGGUUAUAAAUAACGCCUUUUAAUAAGGUGACAGCACCUUAUUAAAAUGUGUAUUUGUAACAUUGUGUUCUAGUUUUUGUCCCUCUGGUAAAGAAACAUCUCCUUGUGUGAAAGACGUACAACAGGAGCCUUAAGGUCAAUUCUACUACAAUAGAACCUCUCGUUGUAAAUAGAUUAUUGUUACUAAAUGACUUUUUUAAAUCUCAGGAACAAUGCUUUUUUUUUUUAUACUUGUCUUUUGGUAAUAAAUCCAAGCACAGCCUA